CUGGGAUAAUGGAAGACUGUCUUUUUCCUCCCGCACUGAUGAUGUCUGUAUUUCUACUCUACUACCUGUAAUCUGAACUGAAAACAACUCGUCUACAUUUCAGUGUGUAGUUGAGGUCAAAGUAACAAAGCCAAGAUGACUACAGAUAUGCCAGCCCAAACCGUGGGCUCCAGGAUAAUGACGUUCACCCCCUCCAAAGAGGAGUUCAAGGACUUCAGUCGGUACAUUGCCUAUAUGGAGUCACAAGGAGCACACAAAGCUGGAAUGGCAAAAGUUAUUCCACCUAAUGGCUGGAAACCUAGGCAGACAUACGAUGAUAUUGAUGACCUGGUAAUUCCUGCUCCUAUUCAGCAGGUGGUUACCGGCCAGUCAGGACUCUUUACACAGUACAACAUCCAGAAGAAGCCAAUGACUGUCCACGAGUUCCGCAAGACCUCCAAUUUGGAUAAAUUCUGCAAUCCCCGAUAUGUGGAUUUUGACGAGCUGGAGAGGAAGUUUUGGAAAAACCUGACCUUCAACCCACCUCUAUAUGGGGCUGAUGUCAGCGGAACACUGUAUGAUCCAGAUGUGACUGAAUGGAACAUCGGCCACCUCAACACCAUUCUGGACACUGUGGAGAACGAGAGCGGUAUCAAAAUCAAAGGAGUCAACACACCUUACCUCUACUUUGGGAUGUGGAAGAGUGCCUUCGCGUGGCACACAGAGGACAUGGAUCUGUACAGCAUCAACUACCUGCACUUUGGAGAGCCAAAGUCCUGGUACGUUGUCCCACCAGAGCAUGGGAAAAGACUGGAAAGACUUGCCAAGGGUUUCUUUCCAGGGAAUGCUCAGAGCUGUGAAGCCUUCCUGCGUCACAAGAUGACUUUAAUUUCACCGUCAAUCCUGAAAAAAUAUGGCAUACCAUUUGAGAAGGUCACUCAGGAGGCUGGGCAAUUCAUUGUGACAUUCCCAUUUGGUUAUCAUGCUGGUUUCAACCAUGGCUUCAACUGUGCUGAGUCGACCAACUUUGCCACCCAGCGAUGGAUUGAUUAUGGCAAACAGGCAACACUGUGUUCGUGCCGUCAGGACAUGGUGAAGAUCUCCAUGGAUGUGUUUGUGCGCAAAUUUCAGCCUGACCGUUAUAAGCUGUGGCAGGCAGGGAAGGACAACACCCCCAUCGACCACUCUAAACCCACACCAGAGGCUGCAGAGUUUCUGAAAGAAGACAAGAGUGAGCCUUCAAAAGAGACUCCCAUUGAAGUUGUAUCUGAGGAGCCAAUGUCUCCUGCCCAGGAGGACAAAAGCAGUCCAAAGCCUCAGACUGGGACAAAGCGUCAGCUUGAAGCCUCUGAAGACAUCAAACCUGAGGUGACCAUUAAGGAGACUGAGGAGGUGGAGCCAAAGAAGGCCAAGCUGUCACGUAAGGAGUCUCCAAGUCAAGUCCCUGUCAAGACAGAUAAAGACACAGUGAAAGUCAAGACAGAGCCCAAGAAGGAGAAAGACACUAAGCAGCAGACGAAAGCCCAGACCAAAGCCAGCACUAAGAAAACUGGCAGCCGACAAAGCACGCCAAAAAAAGAGAAAAACAGUGUUUCCGAUGUGUGUCCUCCCGAGCCUUUUGAGAGCCAGGUGGUGGCUCUGUGUUCUGAGGAGGCAGGUGGCAGUGAGGAGCCUCCGCUGGGCAGCAGCUGCAGCCCACCACACAAACUAUUUCAGAGGACGCUGAGCCCCACAGAUGUCCUGCAUGUUCACAGCUAUGCCAAAGGAGACUACGGAGAGGGAGAAGCCCCGCCCAAGGAGGAGAAGAAGAGUGAGGGCAGUGACAAUAAGACGGAGAGCAGACAUGUUAGCAAAGCACAGGUGGCAGAAGAGGUGGCUGGAGAUGGAGAGCCAGAGAGUGACCUAGGGCAGCUGCCAGGCCACCAUCCGCUCAUAAAGGAUGGCAUGAGUGAUGAAGAGGCCCCAGAGGAGGUCCCCACAUUAGAGGAGGGUGGUCUGGAAGGGGAGAGCUGGGCUAAACCCCUGGCUCACCUGUGGCAGAGCAGACCUCCCAACCUGAAAAAAGAGAGGGAUUACAAUCAGCGCAUGGGAUCCAAAUCUCCAUAUUGCUCCAUCUGCAUCCUGUUCCACACAUACCGUCAGACUGAAUGUGGGAACAGUGUAGACGCUCCUGUCAUACUUAAUGGUGGACGGAUGCGGACCAAACCUCUUAUCCCAGAGAUGUGUUUCACCACCACCACAGAGGAGGACUCUGAGUGUGAGGAGCAGCCCAUCACCCCUCAUCUAGAGGAAGAUGGAACCAGCCUCCUCAUCAGCUGCUCUCAGUGCAGCAUCCGGGUUCACACCAGCUGUUAUGGUGUGGAUCCAGCCACUGUGAGCAACGAGUGGAAAUGUGCACGCUGCAAGGCCAACGCCAUGAAGGAGAAUUGCUGUUUGUGUUCACUGAGAGGUGGAGCCUUGCAGAAAGCCAACAAUAAUAAGUAAGUUGUUCCAGAGUCCUCAGGAAAGGUAAAGAACAUGUAGCUAUUUUAGAACAUCUGCACUUUGAUAAUGGUACUUUAUCUUUGACCAGAAUAACAUCAUUCAUUUUCCGUAACUGCUUAUCCGCAAGGGGUUGCAGGGGUGCUGGAGCCUAUCCCA